GUUCAGUGGGAGGGGAGAGAGAGCUGGAAGACCUGCAUUGCGUAGCAGGUUGUGUCCUUGCUAAGAGCAGGCAAGUUGCUCGUAUUAGCGGUUGCUGCUCGCCAGACCCAGCGAGUGGUUCCGGCUCAAACAGAGUGGAGACAUGGCGUCGCCCAUGGAGUUGAUGUGCUGGGGAGGAGACUGGGGACUGCCCUCUGUACACACCGACUCCCUCAUCAUUCUGGCAUAUGCCAAAUUUUCACGGGCUCCUCUGAAAGUGUACUUCAUUAAUAAUCCAUGGAAAACACCCACAGGUGACAUUCCAGUAUUGAUUUCAGAUAAUAUGAACUUUGUGCAACCUGAUAAUAUUCUGAACUUCCUGAGGAAACAGAAAUAUAAUGCUGACUACGAAUUAACAGCUAAACAGGGAGCUGACACUUUGGCAUUUAUUGCACUGAUUGAAGAGAAGCUACGUCCAGCUUUGCUGCACGCUUUCUGGGUUGACAUCGAGAAUUACUGCAAUCUGACCCGACCAUGGUUUGCUUCAAGAAUCCCCUUUCCAUUGAAUUUCUACAUACCAGGGCAGAUGUCAAGAUCUGCAAUGAAUCAGAUAGUUCUGUCCAGAGGAGAGCCACCUUUCUACAACAUCAAGGAGGUGGAAACACAGAUAUACAGAGAUGCAAAGGAAUGUCUGAACCUUCUGUCCUAUAGAUUGGGAACAUCUAAUUUCUUCUUUGGGAAAACACCAACAAGUUUUGAUGCCUUUGCAUUUGGAUUUCUUGCUCCUCUAUAUAAAGCAGAGCUGCCUAAUGCUCAUCUCCAGAAGCACUUGCAUCAGCUCCAGAACCUAUGUCACUUCUGUGACAACAUCUUGACUCAGUAUUUCGUACAAAGCUCUGCAGAAGAGAUGGUGGAUGAAAACUUGCAGAAGCUGACCCAGCUUGUAAACAAGGAAUGCAACCUGAUUGAAAAGAUGGACGACAAUCUUCGGAACAGCCCCCAGCAUAAAUCCCAAGGAGCAACCCCCUUAAAACUGACAACCAUGACUAGUGAAGCCAACUCAUCACAAUGAUGCCUUGACUGUUCUUGUUGCCUAAAAGUAUUUGCAGCAAGUCUGGAGUUAAUGGAUCUUCAGCAUUGCUACAAAUCUGAAUAGGGAAGUGGAGAUGGGAAGUAUACAAAGUGCCAUUUUGAGGAGAAGGUCUGCACUGAACACGUGUACAAGAAGAAGAUAUCCAAAAACCUUCUAUAAAACAUUGGAGCUUGAUGUAUGUUAAUUCUAAUUCAGCAGCUGGAACUAAAGAAACUGCAUCCUUUCAGGUGCAAUAUUUCAAGCAUACUUCUGAUUUUUGUUUUUAAAAGUUAAUUUAUUGUUUUGAACGACAAUAGUCUUCUAUAGGUUUCUAGGUUCAAAUAGUCCUAUUGGCAUGCCAGUUUUGAUAGCUUGACCAGGUGGCAGCCAAUUCUGGAGGCAAACGUCAUCUGGAAGCAGCAGUGUUUCCUAGAAUACUUCUGUCUCAGCUCUGCUGUUUGUACUAGACAGAAGCUAUCCAGCUCUGGCCUGAUUUGUGAUAAUUGAACAACCACUUCUUGUAGCUCUCAUUAUUGGUAGCUUGUAUAAACUGCAAAAGUAUUACCUUGGGUAAUGUUUCUAAAAUGCUGCAGUUACUUGGCCUCAAUCAAUGCAAUGCUAAUUCCAUAGCUUCAGUGAUUACUUAGUACAGACUUGUAAAGAAUUGUAAAUAAUGUAGUUUAUUAUUUUCCUAAUUUCCAGAAGUUGAUUAUUAAAAUAUGGACAAUGAAUGUAUUUUAAAACAUUAUUGUCUUUAGAAGCAACAUAAGCUUUUAGAGAAAAUGGUGUCUUGAACUUUGUUCUGAUGCACUAAUGAAUGUAAUGGUCCCUGACCCAUGAGUGCAUGAGAACCAUUUAAUUUUAGAUAUAUACCCUAUCAAACUUAGUUCAGAUGCUGCAGGGAAAUUUGCUGUUGAAAUAAAGUGCGUUAUCUUUGGUUAGUGGAACACGUUUUGAUCUGAAUAUGGGCAAUUGGGAGCAUUUUUGAGGUGGGAUCUCAAAGUUUUAAGAUUGUUUGUUUGUAACUGAAUCAUUUGAACCCAAUUCAGGAAAAGUAGUGAAUUCAAAAAAAGUAGUAAACCAUCCUCGUUUAAAAUGUAAAUUGAUAAAUGAAGACGUAGAAUGUCAAUCAAAAAAAUCUGCAGAUGUUGAAAAUCUGGAAUGAAAACAGAUGUUGCAAAAUGCUCAGCAGAUCAGUCAAAAUCUGUGGGGAAAGAAAUGGGUAAUGUUUUGGGUUGAAGAGCCUUGGUCAGAAAAUUCAUUCUGAUACGUUUUAAUAUUCUACUGUGAUAAACCAACUCAUUUGGAAAAUUAUCAUUAAUUAUUAUGCCAUUAAUGACGGGUUUUAUAAAUGUAAAUUCUGCCUUGAUAAAAUUAUUCUAUUAAAAGUGGAAUUGAUUUUCAAAGAAAUGUGAAAGAAAAGCCAAGAUCAUUGCAUUUAUAAUAGUUUUCAAACACUAAUAAUUCAGUGAAUGUUUAGUAUGUUGUGUUUAUAUACUGUCCCAUGUUUUUAAAAAAAAAUUUAAUUUCAAAAUUAUGCAGUAUGAAUAUCCUUGUGUAUUCCCAAGUGUUCUGUGAAAUAUUGCUAAUAACAAUUUAAAUGAAAUUUGAGGGUUGGGGAGGAAAUCCUAUGGAAAACUGCCCCCCUUCAUUGAUAGCUAUAUCACUAAGAUUUUUGAUUUUCUAGGUUUCCUGGUAGGCAUGAGGAUGUUUGCUUAAGGAUGUUUGGUAAAUUUGAUUAUGAUUUUUAAUUUGAAUGUAGAGAGUGAACAUGUUUUUGUUAAGUCUUUUUUACAGUGUACUGUUUAAAUUCAAAUGACUGGUUAUAGUUCUGUUGUGUGUUUGAUUUUUUUUGUGUUCUUGGCAUAACUUGACCCAGUAAGAAUGCAGUUUAUUUUUGAGCAUCAUGAAUAUGGUUAUCUCUGGUUUAUUUUAUAAGUGGUAUCAGAGUUGAGAUUGUAGCUAAUUUAAUGUUCAGGCUCUUUGUACUUAAUGUAGUUAAGAUACUAUGACUACUGCUGCAUAUUGUACUUUAUCAAUAUCUAUAAUUUAUUUCAAGAUAGCAUGAAGUUAGACUGGCCACCUCUAAAUGUUUGCUGUGCAUAUUUUCCAUUUUGGUUUUUGUAGAGGAUGUGUUUUUGCAAUCCUUUAAUGGUUCCUGAUCGUUUAGAGUUCAGCUGACAUUUUUAAAAACUUAAACCUCUAGGUAGUUGUGGAUACUGGAUUUGUUUGCCAAGGUUUGAAAUCUCUUUUUUUUUGUUUCGUCAGAUUUGGUGGGUUGCUUUCUAAGUUUCUAAUAUUCCUCAUCCUUGCUGUGGAAAAUUUGUUGCACUGAGGCAAGACAAAAAGCCAACUCAAUGACGGGCAAAAGCUGAGGAGAGUGUGUGUGCCUUCUAGGGUGACAAGUGUAGCUCCAAGAAUUAACCUGUGCUUCUGCGGACAUGAGACAAAAAGGUGUGCCCUUGUAUCUAAAUAAGAGUCCCUUUAAGAAGCAGCUGUGUGUACAUACAUCAGUUCAAGAAGAUGGCCACCAACACGACUAACAUGAAAUGAGCAAUAAAUGCUCCUCUUCCCAGAACUAAUCUAUAUAUAAAAAAAACACAAAAUGGGUUGUAAUGUUUGCAACAGAAACAUAAUCUAAAAUGUUCUAUUUCUUGGUUACAAGUUGAGUUUAAAGUUCAUAAGUCAAUAAAUGGCCCUUUCAUAGAUAGAGACAUCUUUGCAAUAAACUGUCAAAUUUGUAUCAAGGGCAGGAUGUGAUAUUCACCAUUGUUUGAUCUGGGAUAUGACAUUUGCAGGCAGAGGAGAGUUUGCUUUGCCACCCUUUGCAUUAACUGACCACAAUGGCAAUGUCCUGUUCAGAUCCUGCUUUUCAACCUGAUGCCCUUGAAGGCUGGUGAACUCCGGUGAUCCAUGUCAUCGAACAAGUUCUUUGUUUCGGACAAUGAUUUUGGUCCAGGCUUCUAUUACGUUCAUUGUCAUUGACCAGUAGUGGGGCUAGAAAUGGUUUUGUGUGACCAUCCAGUGAACAGAGGGGUUCAAAGGUCUUAAUGGAUAAGUAGGUUUGGUGGACCUCUCUGCAUUUCUCAGUUAAUCCAAAAGCUAGGAAUAAUUGAAUGCAAUUUAUGAUGCAUUGAUUCAGAAAGUAAAUUAACGUUUUCAUUUAAAAUGGAGUCUAAAUAAUAAUUGACCAUCAACACAAUAUGAACUUUAAGGAAGUAAGUUUAGCAUUAAUGUUAGCAACAUAAUUUCUAAGCAUCUGUGUGCUUUUAAAACCCUAUUCCUACAUAUAAGCAUUUAACCAGAAAAAAAUUCUUAGAAUUCAUUUGUUCUCUGAAUUUAUUUAAAAGAUCUAUCAUUAACACCUGAUGGAUACUUUUGAAAGCAUCAAAAGGUGCAUUGAAUUUACCUGGUAAGAAUUUGCCAGACCUUGCACAUUUGAAAAUAUUUAUUUAAUUCAUUCCCAGGAUGUGAGUGUCUGAGGGGAUGGGGAGACACAAGUUAUCACCCACUUCAAUAAUUGUCCUUGGCAUAUGCUGGUGGGCUGCCUUCUUGAAACACUGCUGUAUGUGUAGUGAUUCCCAUUAUUUCUUGUAGAGUUUGGUAUAAUCCAGUAGGACGUUAAAUCAUUUCAGGGAAGAAUUGUGUCCACUGGGCAGGUCUCCUUCUCUGGAAAUGUUAAUACACUAGUUGUCUUGUUGGUAAGUUAAUUGACCACUGUAAAUUGCUUCUGGUGUGUAAAUGAGUGUUAGAUUCUGGGGGAAUUGAUGGGAGUGUGGGGAGAAUAAAGUGGGUUAGAGUAGGAUUAGUGUAAAUGGAUACAUGAUGGUCAGCAUGACUUCUAGAUUUGAAGGGUUUGUUUCCGCUGUAUUUGUCUAUGGCUCUUUUUUUGUUACAGCAGUGUGACAGUUUCAUGGUCAUUUUGCUAAAGUCAACUUUAUUUCAUAUUUUUUAAAUUGUUGUUUAAACUAUUUUUAAAAAAUUGGUCAUGUAGGGACUAAUUAGUCCAGGCCUCUGGAAUACUAACCCAGUAACAACCACUACUGCCUUAUUAAGAUAUGAUCACUGUCAGAGGGAGUAACAUUUAGAUUAAACUUGUCUGUGCAUGGAGCUUUGAUUUGUCCUUCAAGUGAUGUUGUAAAUUUCCUGCAUCUUCUAUGAAAUAUCUAGAGCCAAAGUACAUUCAAACCUUUGGAUUUGGGAUUUGCAGUACAGUCAUCAUGAUGUGCAAAAGGCAGAUGUUGGGUUGGGGAAAAGAAUUGUAUUUAACAAUUUCAAUCGUGUAAUGAAAGAACGAUAGCAAAAUGAUGAAAUUAGUUUUAAUAUUUAGAAACCAAUUUAGACUAUUAGUCUUCCAGUUUUGAAUCAUUCUAAUCUCCGAUUAAUGUGUUUUCAAUUAAGGCAUUGCAGGUACAUUAACAUUCCAAAGGAGCCUGACUGAAUGCAGAGAAGGGAAUCCCUUUUACAUUUGUUGCUAUAUGUUAGCUGCAACUGUAUUUUUUUAAAGAUUUUCUCACGUACCAGCAACAAAAGAAACACACUGAGCAUGAUUCAGUGUUAAAAACUAUUUUAUUAAUCACUACUUAUGAUAAUACGUAAAAUAAAAGUAAAAAUGUUAGUAUGUUAGAAUUCAAAAAUGUUAAACCUUGAAUGUUAACCCCAAAACUAAACUCGUUGUGUGUGUGUGUGACAAAGUCCCAAACUCCAAGUUCAGGAAUAGCUCUUAAAGUUCAGUUCCGCAAGCCAUAAGGUGAAACAUGAGCAAGGGCUUCUUCAACAACCACCGUUGUCAGAAGAUAAGACGUAGAUGUAGAAAAACAGAGAGAGAGUAAAUACGAAAUCCAAAUGUUCCACAAUAGAACCCAAACGACACUCGGUAGUGACUUCCUCACCCCGAAAAGCAUCCAAAUCGUGGUCGUCCACACACAAAUACCUGUUUCCUUCUACAGGUCAGCAACAAAGUGAACUCCACCGGAUUACUUCCAACUUCCAUACAUGGAUUUCAGUGGCAGACACAGUUAUAGUUUCUCAUCCAUCGAUAGAGAAAACUAGCAGGCUGGUGUCUCUCUCCCUUCUCUCUCUCUUCUCUUCUUCGACAACGUCAUUACGUCCUUUAUCUUCUAUUGAUGUAAGCACGCCCCACACACACACACAUACACACACACUCUCUAUCUUAAAGGGACUUUCACUGAGUCUGUAACACUAUAUGUAUGGUCUGCAACCAUUGCCCACACCUAGUUAAACAGAAAAUGGUAUGUGAGGAAAUGAUAGCCCUCCCUCGGGAUGCAAUGUCUCCCAGAAAAAAUAAGAAAUAGCAUUAAUGUGCUUUAUCUGAAUUGUAGAUGGAUACAACCAGGAACGUAGCCAGUUGUCUCAUUGUGCCUGUGCAGGUUCUUUGAGCAUACCUUUCAAUUACUUCUAUUCCCCUGCAAGCUAGGUGAUCUGGUUUAUAAGAAUAGGAGGGUAAUGCUGCUGGUGAAGUGAAUUUAUGUUGUUUUGUAUUUAAAUAAGGGCUGUGAAAUUAAUUUUUCUUGGAUUUGCAAUGGAGAGGUGUUCCAAAUUUUCAGACGUCCCUCUGGAUACGAUGUAAAACCACAAACUGCUGGAGAUGCAGAGCAGGCCAAGCAGCAUACAUGGGGGGGAGAGAGAGAGAGAGAGAUGGAGUUAACAUUUCAGAUCAAUGAUCAGAUUGAAAGAUCAUCAAUCUGAAAUGUUACUGGUUUAUCUAUCCAUAAAUGCUACCCUGACCUGAGAAUUUCUGCCAUUUUCUGGUUUUAUUUCAGAUUUUUGGCAUCUGCAGUUGUCACUCCGGAGAAAAGAUGUUUUGGUUUUUUCCCCAUUUAUUAAUCUAAUUUUUUUUUUGUCAGUGAAGUCCCUUGCUAUUUCUUUGUUUAUUGGCAGUACAUGCUACUCCAGUGUAUGUGAUGUAUAAGGCGAGCAGAACAGUACCAUGUGAAGCACUGGCUCUGAAGCUCGGAGGCUCACUGCACCUCUGAAAGGGCAGGCUCUGAUCUGGUGUUGAUACUAUCAUUCCUUCUGAAUGUGUCUGUGCAAUUCAUGGCUUCUUGUCUGCUGGGUGAAAAAAAAAAUUAGAAAGGAAUUUGGACCCAUAGAUUGGUUUUAAUACUCUAACAAAAAGGAUUUUAAAAUUGCUGUUCACAAUGUUAGCAUUGAGAUUCUGUGCCAGCAUGUUAAUCAAGCAUAUAAAUCCUGGAAAAGCAAUUGGCAGUUGAUGUCACCCUGCAUUAAGCAUUUGAAUAGUGUAGGAGACGAGCUGCAGGUAACCAGGCAACAUAGAUUAGAGCAAUUGGCAAAGGAACUAAAAGACGAGUUUGCUUUUGAAUCGAUGGUAGGUUUGGUUAUUUUAAAUUACCCUGAGUAUAGGUGGGUAGUAGGAAAAUCAGAAUGGAGUUGGCGGCAUGUGGGAGAAUCAAUUACAGGAAAAUGAGUGAGGGGAUGGGAUUUCUGAGUUGGCAUAAACUCAAUGUGCUGAUUGGCCGUCUCCCUUGUAAGGAAAUGUAAGAAAGCGGCAAGUUAAAAUACAGAAAGGCAUGGAAAGUCAUUGAACUUUCAGGAAGGUAACUGGAUAAAUACGAAAUUUCUUGGGUAAGAGGAGAAAUGGUACUGAUUGCAGUCUUUUUCAAAGCACCAGCACAGGCAUGAUGGACAUUUGCCUCCUGUUGAUCAUAUGAUGAUUGCAUUGGGUUUGUGACAGCUGAGUUUUGAACCUCAAAAGAAAAUGCUGAGUUUUUAAAGAGUGCCACUUUAGAAUGCAAGAUGUCUUUUGAAGGUUUCACAUCUUUUACUGUAAUGUAUUUUUCUAUGCCUCUGCAGCUAUUGCAGUGAAUGUAUGGAAA